CAGCAAAACACCGCUCCUGUCCCGUGUGCUUUUUGCCAAUGCAAUGGCUGAAGCAGAGGCGCAGCUGGCACUGGCGGCCGCCGGCGUGGCCUCAGCUGCUUCGUUGCAGCGGAUGGCCGCUGAGAUCUCGCUGGAGGCGCACGGCUACGAACCAGUGCGGCGGCUGGGUGGCUCGACAACUGCCACGGUGAUGGUGGUACAUCGGCUUGGGCUCCCCGGCCAGCAGUUUGUGGUGAAGGCGAUGGCGUUGCGAGGGAUGAAUGCGCAGGGCCGACUGCGCGCAUUGAAGGAGAUCCAAAUUCUCAAGAGCCUCAGACACGAGUGCAUCAUUGAGUACAUUGAAAGCUGGUGGGUUGGUGCGGGUCCCGACUCUGGGCGCCUGACCCUGGUCAUGGAGUGCGGUGAGAACGGGGACUUGCGAGUGCCGGUGCAAGCAGCAAGUCAGACUGGGAGACACUUGGAGGAGGUGUUGAUUCUCAGCUGGCUGCAGCAAAUGCUCCGAGGCUUGCAACACGUCCACCAAAAGGAGAUCAUCCAUCGCGAUUUGAAGGCGAUGAAUAUUUUUCUCAAAGACACUUGGCGGACUUGCAAGCUUGGGGACUUUGGGAUCUCCACUGCGCUGAAAAGCGGCAAGUCAGCAUCUGGCUGUGUGGGGACGCCUGCCUACAUGGCCCCAGAGCUCUUGUGGAACCAGCGGUAUGCGUCAGCAGUGGACAUGUGGGCAAUUGGGGUGGUGCUCUAUGAGUUGAUGGCGCUUCGGUUGCCAUUUGCUGGCUCCAAUGUGCUGUCCCUCGUGUACCAAAUUGCAUUCAACAGCCAUGAGGACGAGCCUCUGCGUAACGCGGGCUAUUCCAUGGCGUUGAUUGAACUUGUGGCGAGGCUCCUGGAUAAGGACCCUUCCAGGCGGCCAAGUGCGGCAGAGUUGUUGUCUGAAGCCUCUCUAUGGGACGCUUUCUCGUUUGAGGCAGCGGUGACUCUGGCAACGGCCUCAUUCAACCAGAGCUUGUCAUCGCGUGAGCUCUCUGCUGCUCGCCUCUCCGAGGGCGUGGACGCUCUUAUGCCUGGCAUCAACGUCGUGCCGGUCCAAGCCAUGUCUGGGACGGACAGUGAGUGGGGCGACGCCAUGGCACUCCUGGGGUCCAUGGCCAGUGACGUUACAUUGAGUCGUGUUGCCGACCAACCGAUCCCGGCCAGUUUGAUUUCUGCAGAGACUCUUGGGAGUGUCGUGUCCAAUGCGAGGGUGUGGGAGGAGAUGCUGAAAACUCGGGAGGAGAGCGACGCAGUUUCGAUGCACCGUUUUGAAGAGCUUUUGAGGUCGCUUGGCGAGGGCUCAUCCAAAGUUGCCCCAGAGUCGCAGAACCUUGGCAUUCCGAACAGCCAGGCGGCACGCGCUCCCAGCUGCAAAGAGCAGGCGGAGGAGCACAUCGCGCGCGCCGCGGAAGACGUGGCUAGUUCUGCUUGCCUGCAGAGGAUGGCGGAUGAGAUUGCUUUGGGGUCCCAUGGCUACGAGCCAGUGCGGCGGCUGGGUGGCUCGACAACUGCCACGGUGAUGGUGGUACAUCGGCUUGGGCUCCCCAGCCAGCAGUUUGUGGUGAAGGCGAUGGCGUUGCGAGGGAUGGAUGCGCAGGGCCGACUGCGCGCAUUGAAGGAGAUCCAAAUUCUCAAAAGCCUCAGACACGAGUGCAUCAUUGAGUACAUUGAAAGCUGGUGGGUUGGUGCGGGUCCCGACUCUGGGCGCCUGACCCUGGUCAUGGAGUGCGGUGAGAACGGGGACUUGCGAGUGCCGGUGCAAGCAGCAAGUCAGACUGGGAGACACUUGGAGGAGGUGUUGAUUCUCAGCUGGCUGCAGCAAAUGCUCCGAGGCUUGCAACACGUCCACCAAAAGGAGAUCAUCCAUCGCGAUUUGAAGGCGAUGAAUAUUUUUCUCAAAGACACUUGGCGGACUUGCAAGCUUGGGGACUUUGGGAUCUCCACUGCGCUGAAAAGCGGCAAGUCAGCAUCUGGCUGUGUGGGGACGCCUGCCUACAUGGCCCCAGAGCUCUUGUGGAACCAGCGGUAUGCGUCAGCAGUGGACAUGUGGGCAAUUGGGGUGGUGCUCUAUGAGUUGAUGGCGCUUCGGUUGCCAUUUGCUGGCUCCAAUGUGCUGUCCCUCGUGUACCAAAUUGCAUUCAACAGCCAUGAGGACGAGCCUCUGCGUAACGCGGGCUAUUCCAUGGCGUUGAUUGAACUUGUGGCGAGGCUCCUGGAUAAGGACCCUUCCAGGCGGCCAAGUGCGGCAGAGUUGUUGUCUGAAGCCUCUCUAUGGGACGCUUUCUCGUUUGAGGCAGCGGUGACUCUGGCAACGGCCUCAUUCAACCAGAGCUUGUCAUCGCGUGAGCUCUCUGCUGCGCGCCUCUCCGAGGGCGUGGACGCUCCUAUGCCUGGCAUCAACGUCGUGCCGGUCCAAGCCAUGUCUGGGACGGACAGUGAGUGGGGCGACGCCAUGGCACUCCUGGGGUCUGUUGCAGACCAGGUUGGUUUGGACAGCAUCACGGGACUGCCAGUUCCUUCGGCAGAAGCUGUAGCAACGGAAACCUUUGGCAGCUUUGUAUCUGAGCAACAGUUGUGGGAUGGUCUGCAGAAGUCGCGCCAUGAUUGUGAUACUGUUGAUCGAGGUCAGCUUGAUGAUUUGCUUCAUCAGCUGCAAGAGAUGAUGCCCCCAACAGCUCCACCCUUACCAGCCGACAAGUCAGAAGGACCUCUUGCACCUCCGGAACUGCCACCUGCACCUCCCCCGCCACCUGCGCCUGAUGCGCAGGCCGAGGACUCCACGCAGCUGGUGGCCCGCGUAGAUCUUUUCCUGAAGCGGAGAGGGGUCCGCUGAGGCGGAGCCAAGCUUGCGCCAAGCAGCUUGCAGUGGGCAAAUCUGUCCAUAAAGAGAGGCAAAGGCCUUCUCACCGAACCUGGUGCUACCACUAGUCCUGGAG